AUGGUGGCGUCGCUGGCCCCGCUGCCAGGCUGCGGCCGUGGGGACCUGGCGCCGGCGCGCACCGUGCUCGUCUACCUCAACGGCGACCCCUUCUACCCGGGCAAGAAGUUUGUGGUCAACCGGCGGCACGUGCCCACCUUCGAGGCGCUGCUGGCGCAGCUCAACGAGGCGGUGGCGGCGCCCUUCGGCGUACGGGCUCUCUACACCCCCCGCCAGGGUCACCGCCUCCGCGGCCUGGACGACCUCGAGCAGGGCGGCAGAUAUGUGGCCGCCGGCCUGGAGAGGUUUAAGAAGCUGGAUUAUUUUGAAAUAGGAAUUAAAAAGCAACAGGGGAAAAGGAAAGAAGUGAUGAUUAAACCAGUAGUUCACAGUGCUAUCCGUGUGCCUUCCAGAUGGCAAUGUAUUUCUAAUAAGCCACGUUAUAUCAAAAAGAUGCCUUCUUUGCCUUUUGGCAGUGUUUUCAGCAAUGGAGAGAUGAUCAAGCCACCUAUAAAAUUUAUCAUACCCAGGUUUACUCUGAAAAACUGGAAUUGCGUUCUUGCCCUAAUUAAUGAAAAAAUGUUUCUUCGUUCAGGAGGUGUUCACAGGUUGUACACGAUGGAUGGUCAUGCAGUGCAUAGCUCAGAUGGCUUAGAAGAUAAUCAUUUUUAUGUUGCAGUGGGCAGAGAAAAUUUCAAAUCGUUACCAUACUGGCGUUCCUCUAGAGUUCCGUCAGAGGUUCGGUGCUUAUAUGGUGAAUCACGAGCAUCUUCAAGAAGAUCUAAAAAGAAAAAGGCAAGAUCAGAGAAGCCAAGGGCCAGAAAAUCCUCCAGUAGAUCUCCAGGAAAACCAAUUAAAAAUGCAAAAAUAGAAGAUGAAAAAGCAAACUCAGGUUUUAAAGGCAAAAGCAAGAAGGCAAGUCCUGAAAGGACUUCAGAUCCAGCACUUGCUAAAGCACCAAGUAUCUUUAAAGCAGACAAACCAAGAGAAGAAGUUCAAGGAGCAGAAGAAGUACAAGAUGACAAAAAUGUGCAAGUGGAGAUGCCAAUUGAUCAGAUAAAGUUUUAUAACAGUAUUGAAAAGAAAAUCAAGCAUUUGGACAGUGGACCAAAGACUGCUGCUUAUUUUUCUCUGCUAGUACCAGUGAUGCCACAGUGA